CUUGCAUUUAUAUGAUGUUUUUCCUUUUACAGUCUUCUUCCAUUCUGCAUCAAUGGCUAAACAGUGACACAAUCCCAUGUAUCAAUGGCUAAACAGUGACACAAUCCCAUAAUUUAAGUUCCUUGGUGAUAAUCAAGUUAUUCACCCUCAAAAAUUCAAUUUUUUGUGAUGUGGGUUGGUUGCCAUUGUUACUUCUCCCAAAUUAAGGGACCCCAUUGAGUGUAAGGAAUUUAUCACUACCAGACAGGGAUCUCACUUCUCAAACCAGCAUCUCCCAUUCUCAUUCCUCAACUUGAUUGAUUAGAUUUUUCAAGAACACCCAUGUCCUGAUCUUGAAGAAGAACUAAUGGUUGAACAAAUGGCAGAAAGUUUUACAGAUAAUCAGUUUGAGAGAAAUGAGAAAGUAAUGGCGAGUGAGAAUGAUGUGUCGGUGUCGUUCGGUAAAUUUGAGAAUGAUUUGUUAUCAUGGGAUAAAUGGUCAUCAUUCUCACAGAAUAAGUACUUGGAGGAAGUUGAGAAGUGUGCAACUCCUGGAUCAGUAGCAAGUAAAAAAGCCUACUUUGAAGCUCAUUACAAGAAAAUUGCUGCUCGGAAGGCCGCCGUCGAGCUGCUUGAACAGGAACAACAACUUGAAGGUGAUUCCGCAAAAUCGAAUUGUCGAAGCAACAGUGGAAAACAAACUCAAGAUGAGGAUGACACUUUUGAGUUCGAUUUGGGUCGUGGAAAUCGAACCCAAGGUUUUAGAAAAUGCAAGCUUAGCUUGAUUCAUGCCGCUGAACCGGAUGCAGAUGGUGUGAAUUGCCAAGUCUCCGUCAGUCAGGUGGGAAAAGAAGAAAUGCACAGCCAACAACAUAAUUUCACAGCAGAGGACUUAAAGGCAUCUGUAUCACGCAGUGGUGAAGCGCCUGACGAAAAAUCAAAGACCGAAACCGAGGAGUUAGAGACGUCUACUUCGGUUCUAGGUGAAAACCAACAGUGUAGCCAAGAAAUUAAUGUGAGGAAUACAGAAAUGCACAGCCAAGAACAUUACUUGAAAGCAGAAGGCUUAGAGGCAUCUGUAUCGCGUCGUGGUGAAACCACUGACGAAAAAUCAAAGACUGAAACCAAGGAAUUAGAGACGUCUACUUCGGCUCAAGUUGAAAGCCAACAAUGCAGCCAAGAACAUAAUGCGAGGAAUGCAGAAACGCUUAGCCAACAACAUAAUUUGAGAACAAAGGAAUUAGAGGCUUCUGUUUCGGUUCCUCUUGAGAACCCUCUGGAAAGAUCGAAGGCGCAAACAGUGGAAGAGGUGCAAGAGAACCAAUCAGUAUGCUCGACGCCUGCUUCGGUUCAAGAAGAGAAAAACAUGUCCACCAAAUCACAAGAACAAGUGGAAGUAGAGACGCAGUCUGCGAGAGCACAAUCCGAGACUACUAGCAUUGGUCAUGUGGAGGAAAUUGAGAGUACUACUAAAUUGAAGCCGCGGAAAGAAUCCCGAAAGGUCCAUCCAAGAAUCCCAGCUACCAGGGAGAAGAUUCCAGCAAACGCGAAAAAACUAGCAACACCAAAGACCAAAACAGCACAAAAUUUGCUCUCAAAAGCAUCAAAGCCUUCACCAUCUUCACCUGCAAUAUCUACUAUUUCUAGGACUCCUGCAAGGAAGGACGGCAGUCCAUCCUUACUAAAGAACAAACAACUUUUUUCCCCGGAUAAAAAGCGGUCAACUUCACUUCAUAUGUCACUGAAUGCACCACCUGUAAAAUCUGACUCAUCUUUUCUAAACACAACAAGAAGAUCACUCAUAAUGGAACAGAUGGGAGACAAAGAUAUUGUCAAGAGAGCAUUCAAGGCAUUUAGAAAUACUUACGGCACACCGUUAUCCAAUGGUGAGGGAACAUCCUCCACCUUUCAACAGUUGUCUGAACGUACUUCUUCUUCGACCACUCCACAGAAGGAUAAAAAGGGAAACGGAAUGUUACUGGGGAAAGAUAGUCCUCAUACAAAGCAAGUGGCUGCAAGACCUACCACUAUUGGCAGUCCUGUAAGACCUGCUGGCGUAAAGCAAACAACCACCAAGGCGUCGACAACAUUGAGAAGUGAAGUAAAAGCAGAAAAACAUAAAGAGGUUCUGAAGACAGGCGAUGGGAAAUUAAAGGCGACAGAGGUAGACAAGCCUUCACGUCUUCGGUCAAAAACAAAGGUACCAUCACUUCUGGAUGUUGCACAUCUCAAUAUGUCAUGGAGGUGAAGCUAUAUGUUUAGCAUGAGUUCGAGAGCGGAAAGGACCAUAAAGCAGUAGGAAAAAUUAAAAUGUAGCAUGAAAACUAGUGUUAGUAGAUAAAGAUGGAGAUUGAGAUGUAUCCUUAAGUUUUAGUUGUUAGUCUGAAGAUAUUGCGUCGAUUAGCUAAACAACAACCAGUAUUGAUGAGUUGGAUAAUAUGGACGCGCCGUUACAGAGAAACCAUUUUGGUUGAAAUGUCAUGUCUAAGGCGCCUUAUGUACUGUAAUUUCUAUUAAAAUCAGAGAUCUAUCUGAGUUGCAUCCAAAA